AGUUAUUCCCCGAAAGCGACGACGAUCGGUUACAUUCUGAAUAAUAGAGAGACCACGAUGACGCUGACUCAGACGGAGUCCCAAUGGCUGCGCACUUUCAUACUGCCAAAGAUUCUGGCGAGCGGUCGACUGCUGGAUAACUACAGCGAGUCAAAGGCGGACACAUUCCGGGUGGGGGACAUCGAUGUAAAUGUGAUUGAUCCCAAGGAGGCCUUCAUGCUGACACUCUGCUAUCGCACAACCAUACGCUUUGAAUACGAUGGCCAUCGAUAUGAGCGGAUAAUGGUCGUCAAGAAAACUCCCAGGAUCCCACCGCAGAUGUACAAGUCAAUUCAGUUCGGAUUUCUCUUUGGCAAUGAAAUCGAAUUCUACACGAAAAUUCUGCCCCAAAUGCAAAAGGCGGGUGGAAGGUUUUCGGCUCCCAAGUAUUACUACAGCGAACUGAAUCCCUCAUCGGCUAUGGUCAUUCUCAGUGACUUUGCUGAGGAUGGCUGGAGGGUGACCAAAGACAGGGUGGGACUCAGCCUGGAGCAUGCUCGGGUGGCAGUAAAGAAUUUGGGCAAGUUCCAUGGCUUUACGUACGCCAUUAAGCACAAGAAUCCGGAACAGUUUCAGAAUAUGGUCAAAAAUCUCAGGGAAGCUCGAUUUUCCAAUGACAAAAUGCAUCCCGCCUUCCUGUUGAAGCAGAAGACAAGUGUGAGACGCGCUGCUCAGGCUGUGGUCACUUACCAGCCCCAAGUUGAUGAGGAUUUUGUGAAGAACUUCGGUCUGUUGACAGCCGAUUACACAAAGUUUGGUCGCCAACGUUUGGCGCCCCGGGAGCCGCUGGCCACUCUCUGUCACGGUGACUAUGUGCGGAAUAAUGUUGCCUACAAGUACGAUGACAAGGAGGAGCCACUGGCAAUCAUGAUGUUCGACUACCAGACGCUGCGGGUGUCCUCGCCCAUGAUAGAUUUGUCCGUUUUCUUGGCCCUCUCCGUCUUUGCGGAUGUGCGCUUCACACAUUUCGAUAGCAUUUUCGACGACUACUGCUCGGCUCUGUACGACAGCUAUAGGAAGCACACGAAGGACGAGGUGCCACAGUUUAUGAACCGAACGGAGCUUCUGAAGGAGUACAUUCGCUUCCUGCCGUUUAGUACGUCCAUCACGGCUUACUUCCUCUUCUCACUCGUUGAACCGUCUGGCUUAUCGUCGGAGGAAUUUAUCAACCUCCAGGUGUCGGACGAGGAAAUUAUUGAGAAGACUAUGACAUCAGGCGGGGAAAUAGUGGACCGGGAAAUCGCUCAUCAAAUGAAGGAAAUGUUUGAGUUGAGUCGAACAUACAAUGUCCCAAUCGACGAUGUGAUGCCCAAUAUCCAAUCAAUUGUUAUUAUUUAACUCGAUAAAUAUGUUCCAAUUA